GAAGGGGGCGUGUCAUCGAGUCUGGGCAGGCGGCUGUGCCUGGGCAUGGUCUGCGGAGUGUGACCUGACAGCUGGGCAGAGAUCCCGGUGGGGACGACGGCGCCCCUCCUUCUGUCGCCACAGGAGGCUGCCUCAGCCCUGGCCCGCUCCCUCCGGGCGUACCCCUCUCCCUGGCAGCCCAGAUUCUGCACACCCUCCUCCGUUUUCCCCCACCGGAGUGGCCCCAUCAACCCACCCCUUGGAGCCCUCCGUUGUCAUUUCCCUCCCUCCUCCCCGGGGGAAAACGAUCUCCGCCAGCCCCCACUUCCUCUCCAUGGAUUACAGGCUUCCUUCGGGAGCAGAGGCAGGCAUGGCCCUUCUCUGCCCAGCGCCUUGGGAUCUGCUGCUCUGGGCUGCUCGGGAGUGAACCGGCUGGUCAGCUUUGAGAAGGAUCCCGCAGCGCUGGAGGAGAAGAAACGGGUUCCCUGCUCCCCACCUCCUACUCCUACUUCUCCGGCUCGUCUCGUCUAUCAUGGACAGUAUCCUGGACCCUUUCCCGUCGGAGCGCUUCUUCCCCGGAGGCGCCUCCAGCUUCUUGGACCUGGGCGAAUUAAACGAAGCGGAUUUUCUCAACAAUGUGCAUUUCUCUGAGAGCUUUGACCACUUCUCUGAGAACAUGGAGGACUUUUCCAAUGAACUAUUCAACAGCUUCUUUGAUGACCCCAUGCUGGCUGAAAAGAACCCUUUGCUGGACAUGGAUCUGGAUCCUCCUACUCCUGGCAUCCAGGCAGAGCACAGCUACUCGCUCAGUGGAGACUCUGCUCCCCAGAGCCCCCUCAUGCCUGUCAAGGAAGAAGAGAAUGCCAAUGAACUGGAAAACGGUAUGUGGUCCCUCCAGCACAAGCUAUGUUCCAUCCUGGUGAAACAGGAGCAGAACAUGGCACCCGAAUUCCCUGAGACCCAGCUGCCGGUUAAUGUAGUGCCCAUGUUGAACCUGAAGCCACUGCAAAGGUUGCCAGUCCCUGAAGAGGCUCCCAUAGAAAUGACACCCCAACCUGUAAUCAAAGCUGAACCCAGAGAGGUGAACCAGUUUCUAAAUGUACCAACAGAUGACCUGAUGCAGAUGCCACCUACUCCUCCCAGCAGCCAUGGCAGUGACAGUGACGGAUCUCAGAGCCCAAGGUCCCUCCCUCCCUCCAGCCCAGUCCGUCCUUCUGCUCGCUCUUCCACGGCAAUCUCUUCUUCUCCUCUCCUCACAGCACCACAUAAAUUACAAGGGACCUCAGGACCUCUGCUCCUAACCGAGGAGGAGAAACGUACCUUAAUCGCUGAGGGCUAUCCUAUCCCAACCAAGCUGCCUCUCACCAAAGCAGAGGAGAAAGCACUGAAAAGAGUUAGACGAAAGAUCAAGAAUAAGAUUUCUGCACAGGAGAGUCGCAGGAAGAAAAAAGAAUAUGUGGAGUGCCUGGAGAAAAAAGUUGAAACUUACACAUCUGAGAACAAUGAGCUAUGGAAGAAAGUAGAGACAUUAGAAAAUGCAAACAGGACUCUCCUCCAGCAGCUACAAAAGCUCCAAGCUCUGGUUGCAGGGAAGGUUUCUAGGCCAUAUAAAAUGGCUUCCACACAGACAGGGACCUGCCUAAUGGUCCUAGUUUUGUGCUUUGUUCUCGUUCUGGGCUCUUUGAUGCCAUGUCUCCCAGAAUUCUCUGCAACAUCACAGACAGUAAAAACAGCUCCAACACCAGACAUUUACACAACCAGUAAAAUUCAGUCACGGAGCCUUCUGUUCUACGAUGAGCAUGGGGGCUCCUUAGAGGAAGGGUACAGCUCUUUCAUUUCUGUGGAGCAUCCUGAAACGUGGGAGGCUGACAAAAGGCAACACGAGGAGGAGGAGCCUCAAGAGCAUGUGCACAGUCCCCUGGCUGUGGCUCAUGAAACAGCCAAAUAUCUGCAUAAACCCCACUUGGAGGGGCCAAAUCAGAACCAUACCAGCUCGGCUCUCACUCACCCCAAGAAGCAGCUCCAUGAGAGAGACAGAACCUCCAGUGAUGCCGCUGAAUAUUUGUAGCAGCUGCCAGGUCUCAGGGCCUCUUCUGUCUGGAUACAGGAUCCUUUCCUAGACAAGUGAUUAAGGCUAUAGUUCCAUGCAUGCUUACCAGGGAGUAUGUCCCAUUGACCUCAGUGGGACUAACUUCUGAGUAAGCAUGUGUAGGAUUACACUGUAAGGGACAUGGGUUGCGAUCCUAAACACACUUGCUUAGGGGAAAGGAUCCAUUGAAGAGAAUUGGACUUUCUUCAAUGGUAAACCCCCUCUGAAUACCGCUUACCAUGAAAACCCUAUUCAUAGGGUAGUCAUAAGUCAGGAUUGACUUGAAGGCAGUCCAUUUCAUUUUUUUCUGUGUAAACAUGCGUAGGAUCGCACAGUAAGUGGGAGAGGAUGUUCCAUUUAGACAUCUCCAAACUGGCCCUGAGUUCAGUCUCUUGUACACUUGCUCCCCAGUGUCAAAACUGAUCUCUCUGUCAGGAUUCACAGCAAUCACCAACCAGGGAUAGCGCUUGGCAACUUAGACAGAAGCCUUAGGCCUCUAAUUUAUCACAACUCGCAAUCCCCGUGGCCACUGGUGAUGUUCUUUCCUCUCUCUGCAAUAUGCCACCAAAAGUUCUGAACUUCUCAGCACACAACUCCAAAUCUGUACUACAGAAAGUAUCCCCAGCCAUGUCUAGCUCUGUGUCAGGAAAAACUUCAUUUCUACCUUGUCAGAUACUGUUUUAGUUUGAUUUAAUCUUUUUGUAUUUGUUUUUUACAUAGUUACAUAAAAAACAAAAUGUUCAGAUAAGAGAAGAGGGGGGAAAUCAAAGAAGGAUUUUUUCGAAUCAAACAUUCAACGUAUCACCAUCCACACAAAUCACCAUCUAUAAAUCAAUCCUUUAUGACGGUUGUGGCUGAGUAUGCAUAAAAUGCAGCAAAAUUAGUCUAUCCCAUCCUGUAAUGCAAAACCUUUACUCCAUUUUAUGUCUCAGGUACUGGUUUGAAGUCCAUUUUGCCUUUUCCCAGGACAUAUCAGUGAAGUGGCAUAUUUCUUUCCUUCUUUCUAUGCUGAAAAUACUGUGUACAACUCAGUGCCUGAAGCUGUUACAGGAAUUAGGGGUGGCCCACAAGACUUAGCAUAAGGAAUUGUGGAUCAUUGUAUACCUCCUUUAAGUUUUUUACCCUUCUUUCUGUCAGUCUUUAGAUUCAGUUUUCUCUAAACAAGCAGGCUUAAUGAGAUCCUUCUUUUCUCUCACAUUGCCCCCUUUAAGACUGCAUACUGGAUGCGCCUUCAGAUCAGUUACUUAAGGAAAGAGAUCUGUCUAGCUACGUCCCAAUAUGCUCCUCAUUACUGUGCAGAAGACUAGGCAGAGAGGGUAGGGACAGACAUGUGUUCCCUGCACGCCUCCAUUAUUUUAAUGGUUCCUGGUGCCAUUUGGAACAGAUGUAAAGAUCAGCAAGCCACAGCUGUGAUUUCCUUUUCAAUAGAUAUGUAAGAAGGAACGGAGAGAUCCUUCAGAACAAUUCUCCUCCAGUCAAGUCCACCAGGACCAAGACAUACCACUGCAGCCCCCCCCGUCUAAAAACACGCUUCUCCCUCCCAACCCAACACCAGCAUAAAGAACCACUGUUCAGUAGUUAGCACCUAUGUCAUUAGUCAGAAAUUCUACUGGGCAUAAUCCAUGCGUGCCUCAAGUUCACAUUGUUGUACAGAGACCAAACGCAGAAAUUGUUUGUACAUAAUGAACCUUAUUUUGUAUUAUUGCCAAUCCCUUAAGAUAUUGUAUUUUGGAGACUCUCAGAUCCUAUUUUCUGUAUUGUAUUUUAUUAAGAGUUAUCGCGAGCUUGGCCUCUAUGAACUUCCUCUCUUUGCUGGGCACUGUUUCCUCUUAGUCUAGCAGCUGUUGUUUGCCUUGUUUCUUUUUAAAUAUAUCACUGUUUUCCUCCUGUUACUAGCUCUGCAGUCGCUUUGGAGCAGCAAAAUUAAAAAAAAAAGAUGCAGCAUCA